AUGAAGUAUUGAACGCAAAAAAAUGGCGGUGAUGUUACAUUGACAUUAUGAUACUAAAUUUUGGUCGGUUUGGUGGCGUAUUUUCAACAGCUGUAGAGGUAUAAAAUGGCGUCACAAUAUCUUUUAAGUCAUAAAAGAUUUUGGGAAAAUGAUGAACCUGCAAAAGUUCCCGGAAACAAUUCAAUUCCAAUACAACACAAUGACUGCAUAAAAACGUUUCUGAAAUGUAUUCAAGAUGAAGGUUUGCAGAAAGCUUACAAUCGUUACGGAUACAAGCCUCAGGAAUCCGGUCUUUCAAGCUUUGUUGUCAGUGCUGUACAUGAAGAUGAAACUAUGGUUGACGUCAUCGUUGUUGGUGCAGGAAUGGCAGGUCUAUCUGCAGCGUACGAGUUGAAAAAAGCUGGUCUUUCUGUGAAAAUACUUGAGCAAACAGAGCGUUAUGGUGGAAGAGUCUAUACGUAUGGUAAAGAAAGUGGUCUUGCGUCUGGUUUGUAUGCAGAAGCAGGGGCUAUGCGAAUUCCUUGUGAUGCAGAUGGUCAAUCUGAGGGGCAACAUUAUUUGACAAAUGGUUACAUCAAGAACUUCAAUCUACCAAUAAAAAGUUUUCCAAACUACGAUGAAAAUGCCGUUUCUUGUAUCUAUGGGUUUCGCGAAAAAACUAAAAUUUGGUGUGAGACACAUUUCAUCAAAAUUUGGCCAAAUUGGAAAGAAGGUAUAAAGGAAGAGUUAAAAGGAGAUAUAACUGAUAUUUAUAAAUAUUACCAAGAAACAACAAAUGUCGUCACUGGCCAGCUUUGCACCUGGUUAUCGAAUUCCAAGAGCGUCGGUGAUCAAGUCAAUGCUUGGGAUCGAUGGAUUAAAAUUUGGAGUCGGUUCACGGUGGAAAGUUUUCUUGAAAGUAACAUCAAUGCGAUUAAAGCCAAAGUGUCUGUUGAAGACCAGAAAGACUUAGAUUUAGUCAAACUUGAAAAACUUUUGCCAUGGUCUAACGAUGCCGUUCGUGGUUUUCUGUAUUUUGCUAUGUGCCCGAAAUUGAACAGUCCCUGGACCACUUUCUUUCUUUUAAACUGGGAAAGUGGUCAUCUGGUAAGAUGCAUUGCUUGAAAGGUGGUAUGCAUAAUUUGGCUAAAGCGUUUUUAAAAAAUGAAAUAUUGAGUAAAGAUGACAUAGAAUACAAGAAGCAAGUAUAUGAAAUAGAUUACGGGUAUCAAAAAAAAUAUCCACUGAAAGAUGUCGUAGAGGUGUCAUUCUAUUCUAUCAAUGAUGCACCAUGUGUGUAUAAGGCAAAGGCAGUAAUUAUUACCACGCCGAUAAACAUUUUGCGUCAAAUAAAAUUCAAAUCAAAGCUUGAUGAUAUUGAAUCCCAGUUGGCAAUAAAAAAAAGCGUCCAGGCAAUGGGAAAUGUUUUUAAUCAGCAUUCAACAAAAAUCUUUCUUCAAUCCAAAGAAAGAUUCUGGGAAAAAGAAGGAAUCAAAGGUGGUUUUUCAAAGACAAACCUUCCCAUAGGCCAGAUUCAUUACGUCACCCCGGAAGACUGCAAAACGAAAGAGGGGCUUUUAAUGAUUUACACGUGGACGAAGGAGGCUCUGCUUUUUGGGUCGAUGAAAGAAGUGGUAAAACGGAAAGUAGUUGAACAACUCGAAGAAAUUCAUCCAACCUUCAAAGAAGAUAUGGUGACAGCCUUUAUUGUUCAUGCUUGGAAUAAUCUGCCAUCUUAUCAAGGAGCGUAUGGAGAAGUGAAAACAUCUCAUUACGAAAGUACAAGGCAUUUAUGGGAGCCGAUGGGUAACGUUCAUUUCGCUGGUGAAAGAAUUUCUUUUACCCGUAUGUGGAUACAAGGUGCUUUAGAAAGUGGUUUAAAAGCUGCAUUUCAGGUUUAUGAACGACAUAUGGAAAGAACCUGGAACCAUACAUUGUGAGGUUUUUCUGUAAUUGAAAUUAAAUUUUUAGACAAAGAGCAUGGCAAAAAUAAACAGGAAAAAUGAAUGCUGGCAUGGACAUGUGAAAUAUUUACACAAGAAGAGUUAUCGCUCUAUGAAGAACGUGAUUUUAAUAAUUCUAAUUGUACUUCUUGAAAAUACAUUGAGUUUUCGUCAAUCAUGUUCUUAUUAAAUUAUUCAUUUUCGAAA